AUGUCCGCCUAUGGGCAAACAGUACGUAUCCGCUACGUUCUACCAUGGGCAUCCCACGUUCUACCAUGGGCAUCCCACGUUCUAAGCAUAGGUGCCCUACGUUCUAACCAUAGGUGCCCUACGUCUCAUGCUAAGUGGUCCGCCGUAUCGAUCGGUAUCGAUCGGUGUGUCGGUGUCCGUCGGUGUCGGUCGAUCGCGGCGCGCGCGGGGGCGUCGACGCCAGCGUCGCGCGGGAUGCCGUCCGGUGCCGCGCGACGAAAACGAAAGAGAGAGAAUGAAAAGACGAGGGCGUGGGAACGACUCGACGCCCUCGACGGCGACGUCGAGGCGUACGAGAAGACGUUAGAGCUCGAGGCGACGGCGCGAAGACGAGAGGCGGCGGCGACGAGACGAUUGGCGGACGUCGAGCGAUUGAACGCGAGCGCUCUGCGCGGUGGGGACGGGAGAACGGAUGAACGACGGAACCAGGGCACCGCCGCGGGGUCGUUGGGAUUGGCGAACGCGACGAGAAUCGCCGUUCGCGUGGCAAGAGACUCUCCGCACGCGCUGGAGAUGCUGUGCUGCGCGACGAGCGACGGCGACUGCGUCUUCGCGUGCGCGCAGCCGAAAUCUUGGGGACGACGAGGUGUUGAAAUCAUUUUCAAAGAGCUCGGUUUCGACGUCAUCGAGUACGACGAAGUGACACUGAGCAAGGCGCCGGGUUUGACCGCGUGCGUCGUUCGCCUGCGGGCGGAACCUUCGACAAAGAAAAAGUCGAAGAAUGACGGAGGCAGCGCCGCGGAGACGCUCUUAGCGCGCGCAGAGGCGCUGAUAGAACCAAUCCAAGCCCCGAACCUGACAGAUGGCGAGGAAGAUGCGAGUUUGGGAGGUCUCGGCGCGUGGGUCGGCGCGCACCGCAGACGGCGCGCGGGAGGCGCGAAGGCAGUUUCGUCCGGUAUCGACGCCUGGUUCGAGAAGAAAGAGGCCGAAGAAGAUGCGGCACGAGAAGCUAUAAAUGCGGCAAAAGCAGACGAUGGGUGGACGGUGGUUCAGGCGAAGAGAGGACGCAAGAAGACGACGGCGGAUGACGAAACGGGCACUACGGUGGGCGGUAUUCGAGCCGCGACGGCGGAUGGCAGGAGGAAAGAGGUCAAGAAGAUUGCGAACGAACAGUUUUAUAGGUUUCAGACAAAAGAAAAGAGACGUUCUGAGAUCAUGGAGCUUCAGGCGAAGUUCGAGGAGGAUAAACAACGCAUUGCUCGGCUCAAAGCGGCGCGCAAGUUUAAGCCAUUGUAG